UCCCGACUUGUUCGAGUCGGAGUCGAUGGAGGGACCGGAGGAUGACCGACGGACGGCGACGCCAGUGCUAGGCUUCCGGCCCGUGUCGUCCGGCGGCGUACCGACGCACCGCGCUGCCGUGGCCAGGACGCCGCUGUUCAGAAAAAAUGUGGCUGUGGUGGAUGGCGGCAAGCCCACUCCCGUAGCCACGGCAACCACUGUGGGGCCCUUCAAACCCGCUCUAGUAUUUACAGACACCAAUGCUGAGAGUAUAACUUCUAGAUCUGCUCUAGCUACCACAGCCACCACUGCAGCUACCUCCAAGUCCAGACCUCUACUGCUGACCGCAGCAACGACUGCAGACACGGCGAGGUCCGUUGUCAUGACGCCGGUACCCACAGCUGUCGUCGUCACGGGGACGCGACGCCCCGGGCUCGCCGGCAGACGCCGCGCAACUCUCACGCCCGAACGCGGCGGCCAUGGCGGUUCCGAUGACGAGGGAGCGUUUGUCGGAGUGGCGGCGCGCGGCUGACAUCGGUCGCGUGGCGCGGAGGCGCGGGUUGUCCCGUAGACCCAGCGCCGGUGUGCAGCGUGACAAUAGAACAAUGGACAAGAGAGGUUCAGAUGGCAGGGCGUGCAGCCCAGUGCUAGACAUGCGGUCCGUGGGUGAUACUGUAAAGCAGGAGCCGAUGGCAAAGCCCCAACCUGUUGCUUCUGAUCGAAUAAUCCUCGCAGAAAGGCGAGAGACCAACCCACGAGAGGAAACAACGAGCAAGAGGAGGCGUGGGUCGACAGACGACGAAGCCAUCACGGCUGCCAACAGGGGAGGGGGAGGAGAAGGAGAGGGCACGGCGGACGAGAACGACUGGGAGGAUGGAGGGAGGCUGGUCACGCGCAGAAGCUCGAG